AGAGAGUCUGUAUGUCUCUAAACCCACAAGGUGUGAUAGUUCCUCUCCAGCUUUUCAAAAAUGUCAAACAACCAGAGAGACGAGUUUGUUUCUCUUUUGUAACAAGAAGGAAGAAACAGGUUUGUGUUGACGUAGAACAGCAGGAGGUUUGAGUGUGUGUGUGUGUGCGUGUGUGUGUGUGUCUGAGAGUGUGAGUGAGUGAGUGAGUGAGUGUGUGUGUGUGUGUGUGUGUGUAUAAAAGCAGCUACACAGUGAACUGCAGCAGAACUCCUCUCUUCAGACACAAGCUGAAUCUGGACCUGAGAGAACUUCUUUCGCUUCAAGUGUAGAAAGCCGUACAGACUACAAGUCCCAAAUGUGCUCUGAUUGGAACAAGCUAACUUUUCAGAGGGCUGGUCCUGGUGUCUUUUGAUUGUAAAUUACGUAAUUUAAAAAUCAAAAUGCAGGGUAUCAAAAGGCUUGCCGAUGCUGUUAAAGAAAAGAGCAAACUGCUAAACCCCAAGAUGCCAGGGCCUCUCCGUGUUUACAAAGUCCCCCUGAAGGAAGAAGACCUCCAAAUAAAGGGCUGCAGACGUUUCACAUUCGGGAAAGAGAAACUUGGCAUGUCUAAUCGCACCAUAAUGGUCCUAGGAGCCACUGGCGCCGGGAAGUCAACUCUCAUCAAUGGGAUGAUCAAUUACAUUCUCGGUGUGGAAUGGAAGGAUUCAUUUCGGUUUAAGAUAGUUGAAGAGACUCAAACGAAAUCACAAGCUCACAGCCAGACUUCUGAAGUCACUGUGUACAAAGUCAACCACCAGGAGGGAUUUCAGAUCCCUUCCUCUCUGACCAUCGUUGACACUCCAGGCUUUGGGGAUACAAGAGGCAUAGUAAGAGACAAAGAGAUCAUCGAACAGCUACGUAACCUCUUCUCUGCUAAGCAUGGUGUCAGUGACAUUGACGCCGUGUGUUUCGUAGCUCAGGCUGCUUUAGUACGACUCACACCAUCACAGAAAUAUGUGUUUGAUUCUGUGCUCUCAAUCUUUGGCAAGGACGUGGCAGAAAACCUCAGAAUUCUGGUGACAUUCGCAGACGGCCAGCAACCACCAGUUCUAGAGGGAAUCAACGAAGCAGGUGUCCCGUGUCCCAAAACAAAGAAUGGGCUGCCGGUUCACUUUAAAUUCAACAAUUCAGCGUGGUUUGCAGACAACAGAUCAGCUGCAGCAGGCAGGAGUGGGGAUGAUGAAGAUGAAGAUGGAAGCUUUGAUCAGAUGUUCUGGAACAUGGGGACAAAAAGCAUGAUGAGGUUAUUUGCUGCUUUGACUAUCAUAGAAACCAAAAGUUUGAACAUGACGAAGGAGGUCCUCAGGGAGAGAAAGCAGCUCGAGAAUACAAUUGAAAAUGUGCAGAGGCAGUAUAAAUAUGGGUUAGCUAAACUUGAGGAGAUUAAAGAGACAUCUGAAGUAGUGAAAAGGUGUGAGGGCGAGAUCAAGAGAAAUGAGAACUUUGAGUAUGAAAUCAGCAUCAAAAAGCCCGUUCAAGAAGACAUUUCUGGAACUGGAAUUUUCAUCACCAAUUGUCAGCAGUGUUCUUUCACCUGCCAUCCUAUUUGUGUCUACCCAAAUGAUGAGGACAAAAAAGAUUGUUGUGCAAUGGGAUCAAAUGGAUACUGUACUGAGUGCCCAGGUAAAUGCUUCUGGAGUCAACAUUUUAAUCAGAAGUACAGAUGGGAGUAUAAGGACGUUAAAGAAAAACGAACAUUAGAUGACCUGAAAAGAAAGUACCAGAUAGCCUCAUUGGGUAUGACAACUGUUCAGACAUUGAUGGGAAGACUUAAGACUGAAUAUGAUCGUGCGGCGGCUAAUCUGUUGAAACUGAUUCAGACCUCUGCUCAGUGUCUAAACAGACUUAAAGAGAUAGCACUGAAGCCAAAUCCUCUCUCCGCCCCCGAGUACAUCGACUUGCUCAUUGAAGGAGAGAAAUCUGAGGCCAAGGAGGGCUGGAAGCAACGAGUUCAAUACCUGAUGGCCACGAAAGAAAAAGCUGAUCUCGAGACUAAAGUAGGCAAAGGAGAGAAACUCCUCAAACCCCAAUAAUCUCAAGACCAGAGACCACGACCAGGCCUAAACUAAUACCACCAAGAGCCAGACGAGACCCACUCUGUAUAUAGAAAUUAGGAAUGUGUAUAUCGUAUUCAGGCCCAAUUCGAUAUACUUACACUUACCAAUACCUAUUCUUGGGCUUCAGGUGCUGAUCCGAUACCAGUUUAAAACAUAUAUGGCUGUAGCCAAGACAACCGCAUUACGACGUGUAACACCGCUAAUGGGGCCGGUAGUCCUGCACCUGGAGAAGAAAUGCUGGACAGGAGGUUGUAGAUUAGAUGUGAGAUUAAGUUACAGAAGCCAGCGGAGCAGAAGCAAGACAGGAAGUGGAGUCACAACUUCGGCUCGCUCUUCUGCUCCGACAGCUACUGACGGAAUAUCGUUGUUGUAUUUCUGUAUUGUUGUUGCUUUUUAAAAAAUGUUUAAAUGAAUAAUUAGUGGCAAUGCAAAUGUGAGAAAUGGCUGAGUUGUUUGUACAGACUUAAAGAAUUGAGGUCAGACACUCUGUUGCAGAGUAUUGACCCGCAAAGCCAGGCUGGAAUCCGUGAGUUGGGUCCCUGAUGACCCAAGAAUCUGAUGAUCCUAGAAGCCGAGACUUAAAUCGCUUUGAUGAAGAGAAGCUUGAGCAUAAAUCUACAUUGUACACAGUUUACAUUGUUCAAUGCAGGGUUUUCAACUGGAAUGUCUGCUUUUUGCUAGAAAAUGUAAUCGAUUUCAAAUUAUGAACACUUCAACAAUUAUGCUCUGUGUAUUGAAUUGCAUUUUAUUUGCCUGUUGUAAUAAGGUAAAUGAUGGAGAAAUGAUUAACAAUAAAUAAUAUCUGACAUA